AUGAACUUAAAUGUGCUUCCAAACAUUGCGUACUCAAUGUGUCUGAAUAAAGAUUUUUAUGAUACUGAGAAAGCAUUAGAAAUUGAGGAGAAAAAUUUCCAAAGAGAAUUUGAGCAAUAAGUUUAUCCCUAAGAUUAAGUUUAUAAACCCUUAGGAUUUGAUUAAAGAGAUGAGGAAGAGGAAGAAGAAGAGGAGGAAGAUAUUGAUAUGGGUAAUUCAGAUAGAGAAUUUGAUGAUUAUGCUGAAGAACUAGAGGGAUCUGAUACAGACCUGCACUAAUGA